ACAAUCCGAAUUUAUAAACAACUUUACGCGGCAAACUAGGCGAGGCGAGGGAGGAUAACACUAGUGGUCUUUGUGCUCUUGACGUCAUUAUUUGAGGAUUGCCAGAAAUAUACACUAUAUUACACCAUGGCGCAAGAUCCAGAAGAACUAAGGAUGCGGGUGAACGGUUGCACACUAGCUAGGAACAAUGGUCGACCAGUGAUACUGUUAGCACGAGUGGAAACGGUUGACUCAUCAAGGCUGUCAAUGAAUGUAACAGCAAGUGAUAAGGUGCUCAUACAGGUUGUCCUCCAGCAGCCCCUACAGGAAAAUGUUGAGGGUGUGGUUGAGAUUCACGGCACAGCAAAAGGGAGACAAGUGUUGGCCAAUGAAUGCAUCACCUUUCCUGUAGAGUAUACAGAAAAUUUUGAUAUGGAGAACUAUAACUACGCCAUCAACUAUAUGAACUCGGUGGUUGGAAAUAGCUGGAAAUAUGCUUAGCAUUUACCUCUUGAAAUUAUUACUGUAUUCUCCUAUUAGAUUAAUAUCCCCCUUACAGAAGUGAUAAUUUUUUUUUUACGGAACUUACCAUUAGUGCUUAUUAUAGUUUCGAUGGUUGAAAUAUAAGAUCUAAAGAAAUCUU